AUGGGGUUUGCUCGGAAUUGGGUAAUGAUGGUUAUGAGGUGCAUCUCUUGGGUGGAGUUUGCUAUUAUUGUUAAUGGGAAGGCAGGAGAUGACUUCAAGUCGACAAGGGGUAUUCGUCAACCAUGGGUGACUGGUUUAUUAGAACGAUGGAUUCUCUUCAAAGCUUGGCCCUUGAUCGUCGUUGGCUUUUAG